AUGUCUGCCAUAGUGUGCGGAAAGAGAUCAUCUUUUUUCGACGAGGACCCUGUUUCCAAGCGAUUUCGCCGUUCUUCUUCUUCCUCCCCUAUUCGAUUCUCUCCUCCCAGACAAUCCACCGGCUCGCCUCCUCGGAAUUCAUCGAUUGAUUUUUCGUCAGCUUUGGAGUGUCUGUCGAAGCUAGAUCAUCUCAUUGCUCUUUUUCCUGACAUGGAAAAACAGCUUCUUGAGAGAGCACUUGAAGAAUGUGGUGGUGAUCUGGAUUCGGCUAUCAGAAGUCUGAAUGAGCUACGCCUGGGAUCUGCUGCUGGCAAAUCUGUCGCUACACAAGAAGCAAUUCAGUUCUCAGCUCCAGGUAUUUUGACCGGUAAUGGUGAGGCUACACCUGCAGAGGAUCCAUCUGCUUCGCAAAGCCUCCCCAUGGAUGGUGCAGACUGGGUGGACCUAUUUGUUACAGAAAUGAAGAACUCGUCUAAUAUGGAUGAUGCCAGAGCCCGGGUAUCUAAAGUACUUGAAGUGUUGGAGAAGUCAAUUUGUGAACUUGCAACAAAAGAAGCAGCCCAGAAUUUCCAGCAGGAGUACAUUAUGCUAAAGCAACAAGUUGAAGGACUGUGUCAGGAGAACACUAUUCUAAAGCGAGCAGUGUCCCUUCAACAUGAGCGUCAGAAAGAAUUCGAGGAUAGGGGCCAGGAGUUGCAUCACCUGAAACAGCUGGUGACUCAGUACCAGGAGCAGUUGAGAACUCUUGAGGUAAACAACUAUGCUCUGUCAAUGCACCUCAAGCAGGCUCAACAAAGCAACUCCAUGCCAGGGCGUUCCCAUCCUGAUGUCUUUUAG